AUGGACAUUGCCACGGACUCUUCAUUGCUUCCUCCCGAAAUUCCCGAAGAGCAAGUGCUCAGCGAGAAGCAGCAAGAAGACGUUCAAACGAACUGGCGACUGAUCGUUGUGGCUGGAAUCGUUUCCGCGUUGAAUGCCGUCGAGAAUUCAGUCAUCGGCAUCGGAGAGUGGCCGUACAUGAAAGAAGUGAGUCAUCCAUCCGCAUAAUUCCGUUCAUAAUUGACUUCAGAUUGACAGCGAAGCGACGGCACAGUUUUUCGGAUUCGCAACAUCAGCAUCCAAGUGCGGUCAUGCCCUGUUCGCCCUUGUUUUCUCCGUCUGGAGCUAUAAGUCUCAGUCUGUCAGGUACAAGGAAACAGGCUCGAAUAAACAUUUACACAAUUGAUGUUAUAGGUGGCCACUCUUUGCGAGCCGGUUAAUUGCACUUGUUGCGUGCAUCAUCUACCUAUGCAUCGAAUAUGUGGCCGAUGGAAAGCGAUACGUCCUGAUGUUCGUCUACGUACUUCUCGGCAUUGCAAACAGUUGGAAGUUAUCUGAUUAGCCGACUUACAAAAUCAUUUUCAGGCGGUGGAACUGUUCUCCGUGGCUACAUCGCUACCUGUUCAUCGAAUCAAGACAGACCGCGAGCGUUUGCAGUCAUCGGAUUGUCAGUGAUCUUUUCGAUUAUCGUCGGACCAAGUACACCCUAAUCUGUGGCUUUUUCGAAACCAAAACCUUUUCUAUUUCAGCGCUCCAAUUGAUCUUCAGUGCAAUUCCGUACCCCGGAUAUGAGAUUGCCCCUGGAAUUCGCUUCCAUCUCUAUUCCGCCCCCCUCUGGUUCUCUUUCGUGCUCACCAUGUUCACUGCCGUCAUUGUUCUGACGUGCAUGGUGGAUAUUCGGCGAGAAAAGGAAAAUAGCACGAAACUUCGAGCCGAUGACUCUCAAACAAGCUUCUCAAUGGAAAGAAUGCGCCCGGUUUACAGGAAGCUCAAGACAAGUGGUAUAGAUUGGAAGCUCAUCGGAGUGUGCUUCUUCGUCAAAAUCGCAGUCACUUUUUCUCAUGUAACCAUGGGAAGGUACGUUUUUCUGAUGAAUACGAUGGUAAAGAUGAACAAUUCAGCAUUUCCUCUAUUCUGUUCAUGGUGCAAUACGGCUGGGACGGCAGAGAAACCGUUCAGAUGGGAGCGACUAUGAUGGUCGCAUUCGGAACGAUAUCCUCUGUUGUCCUUCUUCUUUACAUUUUCUGUCAUCUGGGGAAGCUGUGAGUGUCUUCUAAUUUUCAAAAAACUCGUUGAAUCCUCAAAUUAAGAAUUCCACAACACAAAGUCUUUCUUAUUUGCACAGUUUCUUACGGAAUGGUGUACGUCAUCACUUAUCCAUUUAAGGCAACAAGCAAUCCGGUGGCACCCUACAAUGGUAUUACAAUGAAAGCUCAAAAGAUCAUCAUUCAAUAAUGUAUUUCAGCUACAACCCGAGCAGGGUGCAAUCCGACCGAGUACUCAUGGUGUCCGACUGCUCUCGCCGUAAACCCUUACUUCUACAUCGCGACAUCUCUGAUAGUGUCCGGACCGGCCAUUCCGAUGAUGCACACCGCUCUCGACACCGUCUACUCGAGAAUUCUCGGCAAGAUCGAUCAGAGUGUGGCUCACGGAGCCAUGACUGUCGUCGACGAUAUCGUGUACAUGGUCACUCCCAUCUUCACAACGUAAGUUUUCACGAAGACAUCUUCUUCUCAAAUACUAUGUGUUUCAGAACAGUGUUCACGUUGCUCGGAGUGGCUCCUCUCUGGAUCAUCAAAACGUGCGUCUUCUUCGCCAUCGCCGCCGUCUGGCUUUCGAAUCUCAAAAGUAUUAGUGAUCACAUGUACUGA